AUGGGCACUUCCGGCACACCCUUCAUCGCCCUCCUCGAGCCCACCGCUCUCCCCUGGGAGCGCCACUCCCCUCCCGAUGAGCAACCCCACGCGGCGUCGAUCCCACGUACUUUUAUCGACGCCAUGAAGGUGCGCACGGAAGUCUUUGUGCAGGAACAGCAGAUCCCUCAGGAGAACGAGUUCGACUCCGAUGACGCCCGCUGCGCGCAUUGGGUCAUCUACGCCUCUGUCAACAAGACCGUCCAACCCGCCGUAACCGACCCGGCCACGGGCGAGAUCUUGCGCCCCCGCCAAAGCGAGACGCAGUCGCUGCCUAUCGGCACGCUCAGGCUGGUGCCGUUCCCGCAUGCUCCGCACCCUGUCAACGGCGGGGUUUAUGUUGAUGAGAAGUUGGUUUCCGUGUCUUCCGAGUCUUCCACGGCUUCUACUACAGUAGCAACCUCAACAGCAGCAGCAACUGCGUCAGAAGUCACCGAGUCCAAGGAACCCGCUCCCAUUCCCCCAAAACCUACCUUCGCCCCAGAUCGUCCCACCGCUUUCCACGACGGCAUCGAGCCCUACGUCAAGCUCGGCCGGCUCGCUGUGCUCCGCGAGUUCCGCGGCCGCGGCAUCGCCGCCCAGCUCGUGCACGCAGCACUGGACUGGAUACGGACGCACCCAGAUUACUUUGACCCGAGCCCGACCGAGCGCGGGUUUGAGCAAUUGGGGAUGGAGCAGCCGGGGAGCGCGGCGGCUGGGGUGCCGGCGACGCCGCCGAAGUGGAAUGGGUUGGUGUGUUGUCAUGCGCAGGAGGGUGCGGUCAAGGCUUGGAAGAGGUGUGGGUUUCAGGUGGAUGAGGGGAUGGGGAAGUGGUUUGAGGAGGGGAUUCCGCAUGUGGGAAUGUUUUUGAGAGUGGAGGUGGAUAGGAGUGUGAAGAAGGUUUGA